AUGGACGACGCGACGCGGAACCUCGAGGACCUGAAGCUCACCCCGGAUGAGGUCAAGAAGUUCGAGACCGCGUUCAAGGACCCGGAGUUCAAGAAGAUGUUCGCCGAGUACGCCAAGGAGAUAUCGGACCCGAAGAACAAGGCUGAAUCCGACGCCUACCUCCGCCAGCUGGAGUACGAGAACAAGGUGGAGUCCGUGUACGGGAAAGGGGUCCAGCUGGUUAUUCCCGCCGCGGGUUUCAUGGUCAAGACAACGGAUGAAGCCACCGGACGAAAGGUUUUCGUCAACGUGUGCCACAGCGACAAGUGCGAGGACGCCAAGGGAUCCAAGGUUGCCGGCGGGAUGCAGUGGCAGGUGCCGCACACCCUGGGCGGAUGCCACGAGGAGACGGACAAGUCCGGAGCCACCUGCGACGCGUACGACUUCGUCGUCUCCACCCACACCUUUGAACUGUGCCAACGUGACGAUCGCAUCAAGAACAUGGUCGUGGAGACCGCCAUCGAGGCUGUGAACAGGGCUCACGAUCGGAAGUGCCCGCUGCGGUACACCCUCCCGAGGAAGACGUUCAUGGGGCCCAAAAGCGGCCCGGGGGUGCAGGCCAUCAGGGACAAGGCCGACAACAAGGGACUCAAACCCGGCGAGGGUAAGGUUACCCCGGGCGGAAGGAUCGCGCCCAAGGGGUCGCCCGCGGGGGAUCCUCCCAACGGACCCGGAAGGGACGCGUCGCAGUCAAAGCCGAGCCCGUUCAGCUUUGACAGAGCCGUGAAGCGACCGGCGGCUGGCACGGCUGCGGCGAAAGAGCCCGAGGGUGAGUGCGAGCCAAAACACACCGUGGUGCACAGGGACGAGGGCGGCGAUUUGUCCAAGGGGUUUGGCCGGGGCAACUCGUCCAACGAGGUGUCCAAACGGCGGGACAAUCGGCCCAAGCAUCUCGUGGUCAGGGUGGAGACGCCCAAGCUUGAAUCAAUCGCGGGCGCCGAGCUGGACGUCAGCGACACGAGGCUCUUCUUCCAGGUGCCGGGGAAGUACCGCCUGGACAUACCGCUGCCGUUUGAGGUGGACGGCGACGAGGGCAAGGCGAAAUUCGACAAAACUUCCAGAAGGUUGGAGGUGACGCUUCCGGUGAAACCCGCAAGGGUUGAACCCCCCCUGCGAUUCACCGAGCCGAGGGUGACCGAAGAGGCAGAAGAGGAGACGGAAGAGGAGAAGCCGCUGGUGGAGGAGAUCCCCUCCGAGAAGGUACGGGAGACGGCUAGCGAGAGCAGCGGUCCCGCUAAGAUUGACCAGGCUGAGGCUAAGGCUGCGGCGUCGGCGGCUGCGGCUGUCGCGGCGAAGCGGGAGUUUGAAAAGCGCGGUGAGACGGAGAACCAACGCAGGUGGCGGGAGAUGCACGAGAAGCGCGCGCCGGAGCCCAAACCGCCGCCGCCGCCCGCGCCGGAGCCCGUUGAAGUGGGUGAGGACGUCGACGGAUUCAUGUCCGCUGCGCGUUUCGCGGGUGCGAGGACCGGUUACGUGUUCAAGAGGGAUGACCGCGGCUUGGGUUACUACCUUGACAACCCCAAACCUGCCUCCAGACCAAGGGAACCCGAGGCGCCACCGGAACCCGAGGCGCGACCGGCGGCAAAGUCGACGGUUUCGGACCUUGAGUCGAACCCGGAGCCGAAAAACGGGAGGGCGACCGAACCGACCCUGGACGACUCCGACGCUGAGGAUGAGGUCGAUGUUGACGAUUGGGACGAGGACGAACUCCACGGGGAGUUUGGACGGAAGAUCGUCCCGCGGGGGUAUAACUCCAUCCUCGACAUCGACGAAGAGAUCUUUUGA